AUGGCAAGACCAUUAGCAAAAAUACGUGACAUCAAUGACAGCAAAGAACUUUGGAAAGUUUCUGUUCGUGUGCACCACAAAUGGACAGUUGUUUCGAACAAGAGGGAGCAUUUUGAGAUGAUUUUUGUUGAUGUAUCGGGUGGUGACAUACAUGUUGUUGUUCCUGCACCGCAUGUAUCUCUUUUUUCUGAAAAAAUGGUCUUGGAUCAUAGUUACACUGUUUCCAAUUUUAAGGUUCAGGCUAAUGUUGCGGCUUUCAGACCUUCGUCUCAUAAGUUUAUGUUGAAGUUUACUGCUGGCACUACGGUUACGGAUGAUAACAACGCUGAAAUACCUCCAAAGCCGUUGGUGUUUACUAAAUUUACUGAUAUAAUAAACGGCAACUUUAACAAGGAUGUGCUAAUAGAUGUCAUUGGUAUGGUGGAAAGUAUUGGGUAUUCACAGACCACAUCAGGUGCCCGGAAGCAGCAGAUUAACAUGAUGCUGCGUGACGGGGGUGAGAAUACUAUCAAUUGCACGCUUUGGGAAUCCUAUGCUGAACAAUUCAUGAAGUUCAAGCAGGAGCGCGGAGAUGAUUCUGGUCCUAUUUUUGUCAUGAUUCAAUAUGCUAAAGUCAAGGAACAGGGUAAGUUUCCACUGUCCGUGACAAACACGUUUAAUGUUACCGUCCUUGGUCUGAAUACUGAUUUACUGCCGAUGAAAGAGUUUAUAGAAAGUUUUCCGAAGGAUUCCAUGAUUACGUUGUCUGACCAGGAGGGUUCCAAUUCACAGCUUUCAGCACAGAACUCUGAAAAUCAACAGAUGACUCCUGUACAGAAAUUGCUUUCAAAGGCUGUUGUAAUGCCUAUUGGGGAUAUUAUAAAACUCAGAACUGUAUGUUUGGAAGUUAUUGGCCAUUUAUUCUGA